UCUCUCUUCCUCCUCUAUCCGUCGAGGAUCUUGCCGUCCUGAACCAUGGCGUGCUGCCUGUCGGAAGAGGCGAGGGAGCAGAAACGAAUCAAUCAGGAGAUCGAGCGGCAAUUACGAAAGGACAAGCGAGAUGCCAGGCGGGAACUUAAGCUGCUACUUUUGGGCACUGGUGAAUCCGGCAAAUCCACCUUCAUUAAACAGAUGAGAAUCAUCCACGGCUCUGGUUAUUCGGACGAUGACAAGAGGGGGUUCAUUAAACUCGUAUACCAAAACAUUUUCAUGGCAAUGCAGUCCAUGAUCCGAGCGAUGGACCUGCUCAGGAUCGAGUACCAGGUAUCUUCGAAUAUAGAAAAAGCAGAACUCGUGCGAAGCGUGGACUUCGAGACAGUCACAACGUUUGAAAGUCCAUACGUAGAAGCAAUCAAGGAUUUAUGGGCAGAUGGCGGCAUUCAGGAGUGUUACGAUCGUAGGCGAGAAUAUCAGCUCACAGAUUCCGCUAAGUAUUAUCUUAGUGAUCUAGAGCGUAUCGAAAAGCCCGACUUCCUUCCUACCGAACAAGACAUUCUUCGGGCUCGAGCUCCUACUACUGGCAUUAUAGAAUAUCCGUUUGAUCUGGACUCCAUCAUAUUUAGGAUGGUAGACGUUGGUGGACAGAGAUCAGAAAGAAGGAAGUGGAUUCAUUGUUUUGAGAAUGUCACUUCUAUCAUCUUUUUAGUAGCCUUAAGUGAAUAUGAUCAAAUUUUGUUUGAGUCAGAAAAUGAGAAUCGAAUGGAAGAAAGUAAGGCAUUGUUUAAAACAAUUAUUACAUAUCCUUGGUUUCAACAAUCCUCCGUUAUUCUUUUCUUAAAUAAAAAAGAUCUGCUUGAAGAGAAGAUUAUGUAUUCCCAUCUUGUUGACUAUUUUCCUGAAUACACUGGCCCUAAACAGGAAGAUGUACCAGCCAGAGAAUUCAUCUUAAAGGUGUAUCUCAGUUCGAAUCCUGAUCCUGACCGCAUGUGCUACUCUCACUUCACGUGUGCGACAGGUCCCCAAAAAGACGCUUUAGCUGCCAGAGAAUUUAUUUUAAAGAUGUUUAUCAACUUGAAUCCCGAUGUUGAGAAGAUCAUAUAUUCGCACUUUACGUGUGCUACAGAUACAGAAAACAUCAAAUUUGUAUUUGCAGCAGUGAGAGAUACCAUUCUACAAAAUAACUUGAAAGAAUAUAAUUUGGUUUAGAUGGUAAUACAUAGAAUUCAGGAUGGACUCGAGAAUUUUUCUUAUACCCUGACCAAGGUAUCAGCGUGAACUCUGUUAAGUUAUAAAUGGGGAAGAGGCGAAAAAGGCAGAAAAUAAACAGUAAUUUGUGGUGCCAUCAGCAUACUGUUGCUGCACCAUUACAAGUGUACCAACUAUUGAUUAGUAAAAUUUAUAACGGAGGUAACAGCGAUGAACAAAUAUGGACCUAAAUCUGAGCGUUAUACGUUCUUUCCUAACCUUCUCACUGUCAAUACCAACAAAUCGAUUUAGUUUCGUACUGUAUUUGUUGAAUUUGUUACCUUUUUAUAGAUUAGUUUAGUCAAUCAUGCCUGGCUGACUGCAUAAUCGUCUGAUUUUUAUAUAACAAUACCACGAGCAACACGUAAAUAAACAUAUAAGAUAGAGUGCAGCCAUGCCGUACAAUGUCUGUCCAAGUGUUUAUCUCAAAUUGAGAGAUCUCAGCAAGAAACUGAAGAGAAGAAGGACAAAUGCUUUUUAAUCACAAGUAGUCGGUGACACAAGUGAGAGCAAUUCUAGUGCCAUUUACUAGUGUGGUGUUUUUAUUGCAGUCCUUUCUUAGAUGCAAAGAGCCAAAGUGUUUUUUUUAUCUGUGCCAG